GAAAAAGAAAAGAAAAUUUUGUGGAUACCGUAAUUCGCGGUAUUUGUAGACUUUCUACUUUAAACAUCAUGACUAUCACUCUCUUUCGUUGAGAUUCACAAGAACCACCGGAAUCGCGAGUACUUCACCGGAAAACCCGCCGUCAACCAGCAACGGUCGCCGGAAUUUGUGCCAUCUAUUAGAGUCUCCUAGACCUGUGUGGCAGAAAACUCUUAUUCAUAGCAUAACUUCCUGACAACUGAGCAUGGGAGUUGUGACCGUUCCUAGUUCCGCUUCUCGGGCUCUGUUGGGAUUGAAAGCAAGAUUCUUGUCUUAUCAAGCUCCAUUGACAAGACAAUUAAUUUCAGCAUUCAAGCAAGAUAAACCAAAGAACAAAGCUUUAGUCAAAUCCCAUGAUUCGAUCGUUUUACCGAUUGAGAGACCUAAAGAGAACCCGAAGAGACGAAGAAGAGUUGCAAAGCCUCUAGAAAGAGUAAAAGCUUUCUCCAGAGAUGAAGCCAUUCCAUCAACUUUGGAAUUGGAUUACAAUGAAGCCGCUGCCAAACUUGAAAAUAUAUACAAGCUUAGUCCCACAGGUUAUGUUUCUGAUGAAGAAUAUAUAGAUAGUGUGGUGAAAAGACGGCAGCAACGGCGGAAGAAGAUUGGGACAGAUGAUGAGAAAGCAGUGAAGAAAAAUAACGAAGUGGGGAAUAGAAGGAAGAGAGCAAGAAGAUUGACUCUUGAUACGAGGAUUGCAUUAAGAAAGAAUGAGAAAAAUGAAGUGGUUCCUUCAAUCCGUAAGAAAGAACAUGCUGAGGAUGAAGAUGAAAAAAUUAAUAGGCUUGUUAGGGAGUAUUCAGUUUCAGCCGACUUGAUUAGCUUCGACUGGAAGAAGAUGAAAAUACCACCAGUUCUCCCAUCUUCUGAACACACAUGGCUUUUCAAGUUGAUGCAGCCUAUGAAGGCACUCAGUCAAGUCAAGGAUAACUUGCAACAUGAUUUAGGGCGUGAACUGACAGAUGUUGAAUUAGCCAAGGCAACAAAUAUGACUGCAGUUCAAGUAAGAAAGAAUAUGGAGGUUGGUCGAACUGCCAGAAACAAGCUGAUUAAGCACAAUCUCCGGCUUGUUUUGUUUGUGAUCAACAAAUAUUUUCAAGAGUUUGCAAAUGGUGCAUUCCAAGACCUCUGUCAAGCAGGAGUGAAAGGUCUUAUCAUUGCAAUUGACCGUUUUGAACCAAGAAAGAGAUUCAGGCUCUCGACUUAUGGUCUAUUUUGGAUCAGGCAUGCCAUAAUACGAUCCAUGACUAUCUCAAAUUUUACACGUGUUCCAUUUGGCCUUGAGUCGGUCCGAGUAGAAAUCCAACGAGCAAAGCUAGAGUUGCUGUUUGAGCUUCAAAGAUUGCCAACAGUGGAAGAGAUAAUAGAGAAAGUCGGAAUCUCUCCAGAGAGGUACCAUAAUGUGAUGAGGGCCUCAAAAGCUGUCGUCUCUCUCCAUGCUAGACAUGCAACAACACAAGAAGAGUUCAUCAAUGGAAUUACUGAUGUUGAUGGUGUUGGAGGUGAUAAUUGGAAGCAACCUGCUCUUCUCAGGAUUGCUCUUGAUGAUGUGCUUGAUUCUCUGAAGCCUAAGGAGAGCUUGGUUAUCAGACAAAGAUAUGGGCUUGAUGGUAAAGGCGAUAGAACACUGGGAGAGAUUGCAGGGAACUUGAAUAUCUCAAGAGAAAUGGUUCGGAAGCAUGAAGUGAAGGCCCUCAUGAAGCUCAAGCAUCCAGCUCGAGUGGAUCACCUUCGUGAAUAUAUUUAUUAGAGAAAUCGACCUCAUUUGUUUUAAUCAUUGAUACGUACUCUCGUCCUUCCUCUUGAUUUGAGUCUCUCCACUAGGUGUUGUAUACUAAUUACUUAUGUCAUAUACAGUUUCUUAAUAAAACAUAGAAGCCACAUACCACAUUUGUUCUUUAUUUUUGAGCACUCAAGGAUGCUAAUGCCCAAGUACAUAAUAAUUGUAAUAAUUUUUUUUUCCUUAUAAGAGGAAGAUGUUUUUACACAGUUUAUAGUAUAUACGAAGCCUUCAGAACA